CAGCAGUCGCUCGGAGCCGUUCCGUCGUCUGGUCGAGUUAAGGAUGCCGGUGUCUCACGCCAGCGUCGGAGCCGUGCUCCUCGUGACCGAUCUCCUGCUGACGAUGAGGAUAUCAUGGACCAGGACGCCGCUUCUGAGCUGCACAGCAGUCGCUCAGGAGCCGCUCCGUCGUCUGGUCGAGUUGAGGAUGCCGGUGUCUCACGCCGGCGUCGGAGCCGUGCUCCUCGUGACCGAUCUCUGCUGACGAUGAGGAUAUCAUGGACCAGGACGCCGCUUCUGAGCUGCACAGCAGUCGCUCAGGAGCCGUUCCGUCGUCUGGUCGAGUUGAGGAUACCGGUGUCUCACGCCAGCGUCGGAGCCGUGCUCCUCGUGACCGACCUCCUGCUGACGAUGAGGAUAUCAUGGACCAGGACGCCGCUUCUGAGCUGCACAGCAGUCGCUCAGGAGCCGUUCCGUCGUCUGGUCGAGUUGAGGAUACCGGUGUCUCACGCCAGCGUCGGAGCCGUGCUCCUCGUGACCGAUCUCCUGCUGACGAUGAGGACAUCAUGGACCAGGACGCCGCUUCUGAGCUGCACAGCAGUCGCUCAGGAGCCGUUCCGUCGUCUGGUCGAGUUGAGGAUGCCGGUGUCUCACGCCAGCGUCGGAGCCGUGCUCCUCGUGACCGAUCUCCUGCUGACGAUGAGGAUAUCAUGGACCAGGACGCCACUUCUGAGCUGCACAGCAGUCGCUCAGGAGCCGUUCCGUCGUCUGGUCGAGUUGAGGAUGCCGGUGUCUCACGCCAGCGUCGGAGCCGUGCUCCUCGUGACCGAUCUCCUGCUGACGAUGAGGAUAUCAUGGACCAGGACAGCUAAGUGACACUGAACUUGAUGUCGUGGCUCGCUUUAUGGGCCACGACAUUCGGGUGCAUCGGUCUUAUUAUAGGCUACCCCGGACAGAUGGAGACAGAGAGCACAAAGCGCGUGGGAAAGAAACGGAAGGACAGCGAUAGCACGGAAGCUCCAGCUCGUAUUUACAGGCCGACCCAGAAGAAGCCGGUUAAGAGAACCGGAUGGACACCGGAAGAAAGGGAAGCCGUUGCCUUCUGGAUGAAGGACAACAUACGCGAUUUAAAAUGUCCGACGAUCUCAGUGUGUCGAGGUUCUGAAAAAAGAGUCCCGUCUUCACCGACGAUCUUGGAAGGAUUUGAAAUUUUGCACCUACAACAUGAUUCAAACUCAUAAGCGACGCCUCCUUCGCAAAUGAUCUGUUACCUUGCUCGACACAUUGCCCGAAAAGACGGUAAAUAACUUUUGAAAAUACCCAUCUCCAAUUUUAGUGUUUUCAAAGUUUUGCGAGGAAUCCGAUGGUGUGGUCAUCGAAAUCUCAAAAACUGUAUUUUGGAGAUAGCACCUAUUUUUAGGAAAAAUUGUCAUGCCAUAAUAUAAGACAAAUAAAUUGAAUAAAUUAAUAAAUUUAAAAUGUUAUUAGUUAAUUUUUGUAACGACACUAAAAUGUGUCGAACAUGAAUUAGUGAUAUAUUUUAGCUGAAAUACUAGAUCCGCGCACACAUGUACAUGAACUAGUACAGUAACCCUCGCCGGCCGAGAAGGUGUUGGGCGGGUGCCGCCUCAUGGGGCUUUUCGCGAUAGCUCAAAACACACCGGGGUAGACAGCUGAUACUUUGCAUACCUAACCUUUGAUUUAAGCUGGUU